AUGUCAGAAUACUCCAACUCUAGCGGUGGAGAUGACUUGUCAUUGCCUAAGGCCACAGUUCAAAAGAUUAUAGGAGAAAUACUACCAAAAGACAUAGCGAUCUCGAAAGAAGCCCGAGAGGCGAUAACUGAGUGUAGUAUCGAAUUUAUAAUGAUACUAUCAACACAACUGAAUGAUAUUGCUGAAAAAGAAGCCAAGAAAACAAUUGCUUCUGAUCACGUUGUUAAGGCUCUAGAAGAGUUAGGAUUUCAUAAUUACCUAGAAAUAAUCAACAGAAUUUUGGAUGAACACAAAGAACUAUUGAAAGGUAGGGAAAAGAAAAAUAAUAAAUUUCAAAAUUCUGGUUUGACUGAAGAAGAGUUGCUAAAACAGCAGGAGGAAUUGUUCAAAAAGUCAAGAGACCGCUUACAGAGUAAUAGUGCUAGCAGCCCUACUAGUGAGAUCAAAAAUGAGCCACUAUAG